ACUACAAUAUCUGGCAGGAAAACCAGACAGCGACCAUAGCCGCCACAAAAUAUCUGACAGGAGCCGCCAGAGUCAGUGCACCAGCCAAGGAUCAGCCGCUAGAGCAAGAGCACCCCCCAAGGAUCAGUCGCCAGAGCCAGAGCACCCGCCAACGAUUAGCCACCACCCGACAGCGGCCACUGGCGGCCGCCAUCUGCCACAAAAUUAUUCAACCCCCUCUCCGAAAUGUGGUUGAGCGGGGGACGGUUUAGAAUGAUCGGCGUGAGUCACUGGAAAUAACCAAAGGACGAAAACAGAUAGCGGAGCGUAACAGUUUUUUAAAAAUAGUCGUCCACGAAGUUUGCGAGAUGAUUAACCUACAACACUUCCUUCUUCUCCUGCAGGUGGCCAGUAUUACGAGCCAGGGACCAUGUGGCGGUGUUCUAAAUGCAUGUAAGAAGAGUACUCCGGCCUGGCAAAGGUGUUAUGAGGAAAACAUAACUCUGUGCAUCAGCGGACGAUCUGGCACGGGACCCAUUGAAGGUGUUUUUGAUUUCUUCAAGACUGAUGUAGAUACGAACACCGACUUUGAGCACGUGACUGAAGCAGGAUAUGCUCUCUACCUCCCCCCAGAGGCACUGAGGAGAAGCACACGCCUACGCAGUCUGGAUGGCAGCACCACCAUGGCCCUGACACUGUUCAACAGCAGUCUUUUCAUGGUUGAUGUCGGUGAAAAUGAGACCAUUCUUGGAGGCAAAGUGCUGAGUGUGAAGGUGGGAAAGCUGGCUGUGAGGGACCUCAGCCAGCCAGUGAGGAUCUCCUUCACGCACGCCAACGAGACAGGAGGACGAUGUGUGUACUAUGAGGUGCUGGACGAUGCCAACGGCACAGGUCGGUGGAGCACCGAGGGUUGUGUAGUCUCCAGGACCAACACGACAUUCGUCUGCAGCUGCAGUCACUUGAGUUUCUUCGCUGUGCUGGUGAACACAGAGGUGUCCAUAGACCCUGCCAAUGCUCUCACCCUGUCCUACAUCAGCUACAUCGGCUGUGGCCUGUCCGUAUUUUUCACAACCCUAACCAUACUCAUGCAUUUGUGUCUGAGAAAGGGGCGGACUGACCAUUCGAUGGCUGUGCACCUAAACCUGACGGGGGCACUGUUCUUCCUGCACCUGUUCUUCCUGGUGAGCGCGCUAUGGGCGGGGCCAGGCCUGGGACUGGGCGCGGAUGGGGGCGGGGUGGCCUGCCAGGCCCUGGGGCUUCUCCUCCACUACGCCCUCCUGGCCACCUUUACCUGGAUGGCCAUCGAGAGUUUCCACCUGUACAUGCUGCUGGUCCGCGUCUUCAACAUCUACGUCGCGAAAUACCUGCUGAAGCUGGGCCUGGUGGGCUGGGGUGUUCCCAUGGUAACAGUCAUUGCCUGUGCCCUCAAUCAGACCUACGGCAGGUUCAGCCUACAGAGGGAGAGGAACAGAGGAGCCAGCACAGGCACAGAAGCAGAAGUGAAAGCAGACAUGUGCUGGAUAAGGAGAAAGGACGUGAGCUACAUCACAGUUACCGGCUACCUGGGCCUGGUCUUCCUCUUCGGCGCGGUCAUGCUGGGCGUGAUGGUGGCCAAGCUCCGGAGGAUGAGGACGAAGAGCGCGGCCUAUCAGGAGCACAAGAGGAGGCUGUGGAGGGACUGCCUGACCCUCCUCGGGAUGGGCUGCAUUUUGGGGAUCCCCUGGGGCCUUGCUUUCGUCACCUAUGGCCCUCUGUCUCUUCCAGGCCUCUACCUCUUCACCAUACUCAAUGGGCUCCAAGGUGUCUUCAUGUUCCUCUGGUUCCUGGCCACCACCUGGCAGCCAUGCAAGGACAGCAGCUCUGAAGCGAAUGACCCAUCCACACAAAAGAUGGAGACCAGCUUCAAUAACUGAACAUCAGCUCCUCCGUGCUUAGAGGUCAUAAUACACAACUUAAUCAGGGACUCCCCGCAUCACAUCCAUCGACUUCCUUGAGGCAUUCUGGAAUCCACUUCCCAUCUAUCCAAUCCACUUCUAACCAACCUUUCCCUUUACUGUAAAUAAAUAGUCAUUAACCUUGGACUGGCUUUCAGACAUUGUAGAAUUCUAGAUACAGAUUGAACAAUAGAAAGCCAUAGGUCUCAUUCCAAUCGCUUUUUUUUUUUUUUUUACCUCCUUGCAUCCAUUCCUCACUUCCUUUCCCCAGCUCCGUAGCUCCACCUAUUGAGGGCAAGGAAAGGAAGUGAGAAAAAGAAGUGAGGAUGGAGGAGCCACGUCGAUUGCAGACGUAGCAGACGGCCAUGGGGAGCGGUGGAUCCGCAGUGACGAUCGUUUAAGUGUCACGCGUUCCGUAAAAAUACUUCUGCAAGGGAAGCGCUCGUGUCUCCUUGCUCAAGCAUCCUUCGGGAGCCUCCCCAGCUCCUCCAAGGAGCAUUUGACAGGUCGGACUGUCCUUGAAGAUGGCGGACCUUGAACAAUUUCCAGAUCAGGUGAGGACCGAAGAGACAGGGAUGAAUAAAAUAAGCGAUUGGAAUGAACUGCAUCUGGCACUUGGGCACCAAUUUGUCUUUAUACACUAUGUCCUAAAAAAUAUUAUUUGCACUAUAUCCUGAUAAAAUAUUUGUGCACUCUUCAUUGUAUGAUUUUCCCAGCCCCUUUAUCCCAGUGUUAAGUUUUUCUUUUUUAAGUUUUCUUUGCCCACCAUCUUUAGUUCAGCCUAAAUCCGACAAAGUUUUACUGACUGAAAAGUCAAGGUCAGCCUAAACUUGGAGGAUUUCAACUGUAUUUACACAUGGUGUUACCAGGAGAGGAAAUUCAUAUUUAUACUUCCCAUCUUUUCUGGAUGUUAAGGAAAAUUAACCAUAUAAUUAUUGUAAAUUUUAUUAGUGAAACAUGAGCUGUGGCAGCCUCUUGUUGACCCCCUUGAUGAAGGCAAUCAGACUAAACAGGAAGAGCCCUACAAUCCAGAUUCCACCCACAGGAAGGAUGAGCGUCAGCAGCAGAUCUGAAGACAUGAACAGAACCAAAUACCAUGAAAAUGUGCCAUACUGCCAAACCACCAGGCCGAAAGGGCGCACUUCUCUACAAACACAAAAUAGACGAUUUCAAACUUAACAUUAGAAUUCCAAUUAACAUUCUGAUGAGUGUUUUGUAUAGCAAUGUUUUGUAUAGCAAUAGGAUUCCAAGGUAUAGUGCAUGCUGUGCGAGCACUGUUGUACAAUCUGUAAAAAUAAAAACAAGUUUUAAAAAAAC